AUGAGUCAAGGAGAACAAACCGAUUCUAAUAUCAAGUUUACCCGGGUAUUCUCUCGAACUCCGUCCUCCUGGGACCCUCAGGAUGAUAUCCUACUUCGCCAUUUAAAAGAGCAACAGAAGCUGGGAUGGAAAGAGAUUGCUGCACACUUCAACCACCGAACCCCAAACGCUUGUCAGUUUCGAUGGCGUAGAUUAAGAUCAGGGGCCCUGAAGUCGUCACAGCCACCAUCCCCAAAUGUGACCCCAACGCCAAUAUCAGGUUCGAGCUCUGGUAUAGGAUUAAACAAACCUAAAUCGAACCUUUCAGAGAAAAUUAGUGCUAGCAAGACGAUAGUGGCCACCGAGUCGUCAUCCUCAUCAGCAAGUCCACCGCCAUCAUCCAUCAAAGACGAGGAGAACAAAACUAUCAAUGUCAGUGCAACCAGCUACUGGGUGCCCAAUAGUGAGACAAAACCUAUAUCAAUCACUUCCUACAAUAAUGCUUGGUCUACAGAGAGAAAUAUGCCAUGGGAAGAAGAAGAGGACGAGCUUUUACUCAGCAGGACAAAAAGAGAGCUGAGUUUUGCAGAAUUGUCUAUCUUGCUUCCAAGUCGUUCCGAAAAUGAUAUUUGGUCACGAAUAGACUAUUUGGAGAAAAGUCAGAACGUCCCCGAGAGAUCAUCCUCUAGCUUCAAGCUUAGUCAAUCGCCCGGUGCCUUGGCUGCUUCAAAUAUAGGCAGAUCCAUGUCGAUUUCCUCGCUUACUUCCAGUUAUUCUAACAUUUCCUCACAGCCUCCGUCCAGUGUCCGAAGAGAGAGCUCCACCAGCAAUUUAGUGGGGGCUCCCUUGAGCACUCCCAGUUAUCCUGCAAGUUUCAGGCACAGAAGUAUUACGGGAGCUUCAUUCCAGAUGUCUUCCUCGUUGCCUGAGGAGUCCUUGAUGAAUAUAGGAUCACCACUACUAAAAAAUUACCCCAGACGACACCACGACUCCUUUUCCACCGAAUCCUCGUCCAUCCCAGAAAAGAAAGACCCAGAAACGGGGACUAAUCUCCCCUCAAUUAAUACCAUAUUCAACAACACGGGAUGUUACAGGAAUACUUGA